AUGGCUAGAAAAAAGAAUUUUAGAGGUAAGCAAAAAACAUUUGGUGCUCGUGAUGAUUCAAAUGCACAAAAGAACUGGUCUGAAUUAGUUAGAGAUAACGAACAGUGGGGACUAUAUUAUAAAAAACUGAAUAUAAUACCUGAAGAUCAAUGGGAGGAGUUUAAGAAAGCUUGUCAAGCUCCAUUGCCUUUAACUUUCAGAGUCACUGGUUCUAGAAACCAUGCUCAAGAGGUUUUACAAUUGUUUAAAGAAAGACAUUUACCAAACUUAACUGAUGUAGAAUUUGAAGGCGAAAAAAUUAAGUCUCCAAUGGAACUACCAUGGUAUCCAAACCAUUUGGCUUGGCAAUUAGAUGUUCCAAAGACUGUAAUCAGAAAACAUGAACAGUUUGCUAAAACUCAAAGAUUUUUGGUUGUUGAGACAGCAGUAGGUAAUAUCUCUAGACAAGAGGCUGUUUCAAUGAUCCCACCUAUCCUUUUAGAAGUUGAAUCAAACCACACUGUUUUGGAUAUGUGUGCUGCUCCAGGUUCCAAAACUGCACAAUUAAUCGAAGCUUUACACACAAACGAAGAUGAGCCAACUGGUAUCGUUGUUGCUAAUGAUGCAGAUGCCAGAAGAUCGCAUAUGUUGGUUCAUCAAUUGAAGAGACUGAACAGUGCAAACUUAAUGGUGGUUAACCAUGAUGCUCAAUUUUUCCCAAGAAUUGCAUUACAUGAAAAUACUACUGAUAGUAACGAUUUCUUAAAAUUUGACAGAAUUUUAUGUGAUGUUCCAUGUUCCGGUGAUGGUACAAUGAGAAAAAAUGUUAAUGUUUGGAGAGAUUGGACCAGUCAAGGAGGAUUAGGUCUCCACAACAUCCAAUUGAACAUUUUAAACAGAGGUUUACAUUUACUAAAACCAAAAGGUAGAUUAGUAUAUUCUACCUGCUCUAUGAACCCGAUUGAAAAUGAAGCUGUCAUUGCUGCUGCUUUAAGAAAAUGGGGUUCAAAGAUUAGAGUCAUUAACUGUGAUGAAAAGCUACCAGGUUUAGUCAGAUCAAAAGGUAUUGACUCAUGGCCAGUCUUUAAUAGAGAUAUGGAGAUAAGACAAAAAGGUGAUCAAGGAGUUUCAAAUACAUGGUUUCCACCAUCUGAGGAGGAAAAAUCUCAAUUUAAUUUGCAAAAUUGUAUAAGAGUGUAUCCACAUCAACAAAAUACCGGUGCUUUUUUUAUUACUGUUAUUGAAAAAUUAGAAGAAUUUGAUGUUGUACCUCCUAAAUCCGAGGAACCAGCUCUUAAAAAGGUUAAACGUUCUACUGAAGAGGAACUUGAAAAGAAAGAAAAAUUACCUCGUGAUGCUAAUGAAGAACCAUUUGUAUUUAUUGAUCCAGAACAUGCAACUUUAAAAAAUUGUUGGAAAUUCUAUGGUAUUGAUGAUAAAUUUGACAAGAGAACGUGUUUGGUACGUAACGCAACUGGUGAACCUACUAGAGUUAUAUACACAGUAAGUCCAUUUUUAAGAGAUAUUGUUCAAGCCAAUGGUGACAUACUAAAAAUUAUUUACUCUGGUGUUAAAUUAUUUGUUUCUCAAAGAAGUGACAUAGAGUGUGCAUGGAGAAUACAAAGUGAAGCUUUGCCAAUAAUGAAACAUCACAUGAACUCUGACAGAGUCGUGCCAGCCAAUAUGCCUUUGUUGAAGCAUUUAUUAAUGGAAUCCUUCCCAAGUUUUGAUGAUAUUUCCGCAAAAAAACUUGACGAUGAAUACGUUAGCAGAAUGGAUAAAUUAAGUUCAGGAUGUUGCUUCAUUGAAAUUGAAAGAGAAGGUGAAGAUAAGGAAAGUUUAUUCUUACCUGUGUGGAAGGGUAAUAAGUGUAUGAAUUUAAUGGUUUGUAAAGAAGAUGCGCAUGAAUUAUUAUACAGAUUAUUUGGUGUCGAGACAAAAUCUAGUGAUAAUCCAAAAGCAAAGGCUCAAGCCGAAAGAUUAGCAAAAAUCAAUGCUGAGAAGGCUGCUGCAGCUAAAGCUGAAAAGUCUACUUCUGACAAUUGA